AUGCGCACCAUGCAGGCCCUUAGGCGAUCGAUCAAAGGCGAGAAGGACAGGCCGUCCGUCUCCAUCGGCCCGAAGUCCGCUGUUGCUAUUGUCCCCCCGAAAAAGGUGAUCCGGGCCCUCUACGAUUACGAAGCUACAUCGGCGCAGGAGCUGAGUUUUUCUCGGGGCGACUUCUUCCACGUCAUUGGUCGCGAGAACGAUUCCGAUUGGUAUGAAGCGUGCAACCCAGCUCUCCCCGACGCUCGGGGUCUUGUCCCGGUGUCCUUCUUCCAGGCUCUAGGACGUACCGAAAGAGACAGUGGCCAAUCCGACCCGGGUCGUAUGUCGACCCCCCCUUCGAAGAAGGACGACCAUGAUUCAGGAUAUUCCGAGACCAACGCGGCUACUGUACCUCCCACUCCGGCACUCAGUCAGCGCAAUUCUAAAUCGGUUACAAAGAACGGUGCCAUGGUGUACGGAAUUGUCAUGUACGACUUUCAGGCAGAGAGGGCCGACGAGCUGGAGGCGAAAGCUGGUGAGGCGAUCAUCGUAAUCGCACAGUCCAACCCGGAGUGGUUUGUCGCCAAGCCGAUCGGCCGUCUAGGUGGGCCUGGCCUUAUACCUGUUUCGUUUGUGGAGAUUCGAGAUAUGUCGACGGAUACAGCUGUCGCGAACCCCCAGGAGGCCGUGAAGCGAGCUGGGGUGCCAAAGGUCGAGGAGUGGAAGAAGAUGGCGGCCGAUUACAAGAAUAGCAGCAUCACGCUAGGGAAAUUUGAAGCUGGCGGGCCUCCGGGUCAGCAAGGUAUAGAACAGGGUAUGGAGCGGAUGAGCUUGCAACCAGGCGCAAACCAGGGCCAACAGCAAAAACCUUCGCAGCAGCAAGGAUACCAACAACUGGCUCAGCAACAGUCGCGAAACACGGUCCAGCAGAGUCAGUAUGCCGCCAAGUCUACGUCCGAGUUAUACGCGCCAAUCUCUGCCCGGAUACCGCGGUACUGUUUCGCAGAGGACAAGUAUUGGUUUGUCAUUGAAGCGGCUUUAGAAGAUGGCCGACACUGGGAGCUAUCCCGCUACUACGAAGAUUUCUAUGACUUCCAGAUCGCUCUUCUGACGGACUUCCCAGCCGAAGCCGGAAAUACUGGCACGCAGCAGCGAACGCUGCCGUAUAUGCCUGGACCCGUAAAUUACGUAACUGACGCAAUUACGGAGGGUCGACUACACAACCUCGAUGCAUAUGUGAAGAACCUGCUGGGGCAACCGGCGUACAUCUCCAAGUGUAACCUGGUGAAACAAUUCUUUGCGCCGAGGGAAGGCGAUUACGAGAUCGAUCCGCCGUCAGCCGGUGACGAAUAUAGGUUAUCCGGAGGCUCGCGCUCGUCGAUGGAUUCGCCAAGGGAUGGCAAUUCCCGGCAGUCGUCAAAGAACAACCUGAACGGAAAUGGGUAUUCUGGGUUAUCCGCGGCGCCCAGGCAACCGCAAAUGACUCGCCAAACGUCAUCGCUCUCACAACCUUCGCAAACGUCCUUAUCUCCAGGGAUGGGCCAGCCGGCACCGUCGGCGUUCAAGGUCAAGCUGUUCUUUAAUGACGAUACGUUCCUGAUUCGAGUGCCUUCGGACACGGACUUUCAGCAGCUAUACGAAAAGAUCAGGGAGCGGACAAAAGUUCCCAGCGGAGAGCAGAUCCAGCUUUUCUACCGAGAUGAGCAGAGCGGCGAUAAGCUCAGCCUCUUGAGCAAUAACGACCUCGAUUAUGCUCUAGGGCACAAUGAGAAGCUAGUCAUAUUUGUUGAGCAAGUAUAA